AUGGAAUUAACACGAACGGAAUUCGAACAAAUGUUAGAAACGACAUGUCAGUCGGUAUUAAAGUAUUUAUUUGACAGAAAAUUCACUCCGGUUCAGCGUAAAAUUACACCUGAAGAACAACAAGACAAUAGUGAAUUAACAAUAUCAAAACAACCGACAAAUCAAUCUUUACAGGAAUUAUUAGAUCGAAUAAUGACUGCUGCUGAAUCCGGUAGAAAUUCUCGUCAUCCCGGUUACAUGCAAUAUAUGCCAAGUGGAGGUUUAUUACAUUCAGUGUUAUCUGAUCUUGUUGGUAAGUGUUUGAAUAAAUAUACAGGAUAUUAUAUGGGAGCGCCAGAUCUAGUUGAUCUAGAAUGCAAAGUUAUAAGAUGGUUGUGUUCAGUUUUUGAUUUGGAUUUGGAUUCUGGGGCAUUUGGAAUAUUAACAACAGGUGGAACAGCAUCCAACUUAUCGGCUGUCUUGAUGGCUCGAGAUAAGCUUUUGCAACCAAAUAUAUUUCAUCUGGGCUGUGUCUAUUGGACGAAACAAACACAUGCGAGUUGUAUAAAAUCAUGUCGAAUAGCUGGCGUUGCACAAAAUGUUCGUAUCAUCCCGCACAAACCCGCAAAUUCAGAUGAAGCCUUUACAAUUGAUUUAGACGAAUUGGAAAAACAAAUUCAAGAUGAUCAUCGUUCAAACUUGUGUCCAUUUUUAAUUGUUGCCAAUGUUGGUUCAGUUGAUACAGGUGCAAUCGAUGAUAUUCAAGGUUUAUCACUAUUGGCAAAAAAAUAUCAACUAUGGUUACAUGCUGAUGGUGCUUAUGGUGCAUAUUUUGCUUUGGUUGAGCCAAUCCCCAAAGCCCUCGAGUCUCUCAAUUUAUGUGAUUCAAUCAGUGCAGAUUUACAUAAAUCGUUUUUUCUACCGCUCGGCACGGGUUUUUUUAGCAAUGUAAAUUUUGCUGAAUUGUCAUUGGAACUAACGCGUGAAAUAAGAGGAUUGAGAGUUUGGUUACCGUUAAAGUUACUUGGUUCGAACACAUUUGCAUUGUGUUUGAAAGAAAAAUUAGAUUUAAUACAAUAUUUACAUAGUGAACUGGAACAAAUUCCAGGUAUUGUUAUCAUUAGUAAACCUGUCUUAUCCAUUCUUACAUUCAGACAUAUUCCGAAAAUAUUGAGACAUUUAUUUGAAAAAGAGCAGCGAGUUGUCCAAGAUGCAAAUGUUGAAUCUCAAUUAUUAGCACAUAAUACACAGUUACUAUCAUCUAUCAAUAGUCGUGGUCGAGUUGCAUUGCAUUCAACAAAAUUAUAUUUGAAUCAUGAUGAUGAACAAGCAGUUAUGGUUAUUCGCAUUGUUGUACUCAGUUAUUUGACUCAUCGAACACAAGUGGAUCAAUGUAUCAGCGAUAUAAAAGACAGUUGUAUGACGAUUGACACACAGACUGUUGCAUCCAUGUGA